ACUUUGUAGUCGGAUACGUAGGCACAAUUGGCCGAACUCUCUAAUCAAACCUAGUGUAUUCAUUGUGAAUAAGAGGUGUUGCUCUAAUAGAAAGAGAGUGAGAGAGGUUAUUUUAAACUUGGUGGUGCAUUAGUGAAUGAGUAAGAGAAUACUAUAACAUAACAAAGCAUAAAAUUAGAUAAGUAGCACAAAAGUCUUUGGUUUAGUGUGAUGGCUUUCACAUUAGAGAGGUGUGAAGAUAACAUGGUGUUCACUAUGGAGUCUCAGAAAUCAGUGCCUGCUCCUUUCUUGACAAAGACAUACCAACUUGUUGAUGAUCCUCUCACUGACCACAUUGUAUCUUGGAGUGAUGAUGAAACUACAUUUGUUGUUUGGAGGCCUCCUGAGUUUGCUAGAGAUCUUCUUCCCAAUUUUUUCAAGCAUAACAACUUCUCAAGCUUUGUUAGGCAACUAAAUACAUAUGGUUUCAAGAAGGUUGUUGCUGAUAGGUGGGAGUUUGCAAAUGAUUACUUCAAAAAAGGAGCUAAGCAUUUGUUAUGUGAAAUCCACAGGAGAAAAACCCCUCAACACUAUCAACAACAAUACUACGAACAAUCGCCACAAAUUUUUCAACCAGAUGAAAGUAUAUGCUGGAUUGAUUCUCCAUUACCAUCUCCUAAAUCAAACACCGAUAUCUUAACAGCACUUUCUGAGGAUAAUCAAAGAUUAAGGAGAAAGAAUUUCAUGCUGUUAUCAGAACUCAGUCACAUGAAGAAUCUUUACAAUGAUAUUAUAUAUUUCAUUCAAAACCAUGUGAGUCCUGCUUCUCCCUUUGAACAAAGAAGCAACAAUAGUGCUACUAUUUUGAAGCUUGUUGAAUUGGAUUCAUCAUCACCUCAAUUACCAAAUGAUAAAGAUUGUAAUAGCUCUUCUGUGAAGCUCUUUGGUGUUCCUCUUUGUGGAAAAAAGAGGGUUCAUCCUAGUAAUCUUGAUUAAUAAGAAUAAUUAGUUUUAUGUUCAGAGCUUUCCAUGAUAAUGUUAAAGUCUGUAAUGGAUUGCUUUGAUUGUUUUUUGUUGGCAUUUGAAGAUAACCAUCUUUUCAUGUAUAGCUGAGGCUGAUAUUUAGAUUUUGACUUAGUUAUUUCUUUCAGAUUUUCCAUUACUUGAUCAACAUCUCUUUCAGCUAGAAUUCAAACCAUGAUUCGAA